CACACGGAGGUUGCGCGGUGAAGGAGCGCGCGCGGAACGCGUUGCUGCCAUUGGAAGCGCAGCACCUGAGGAAGUGCGCUGCGCAUAUGAUCGUGCGCUCCUAACCUCCCUUUCGGACGGCGGCAAAAUGUUGCGUUGACAGUCGCUCGACCGUCGUGCUGACGAGCGAUCGGCGAACAAUAAGGAGCGAUCCGAGCUACUGAUCUAUACGUCUCGACAGUUGUUACUCGCGUUCCUGGCACUUUGAAACGUUACGCGAUGUAGCGUGCGAGAUAGCCAAAAUCUGCCAGGACAGAUUCCGUCGAAUGCCCGCUACAAAUUUCGAAGGCAGGAAGCACCGCAGAUUGCACGCAGAAACCGAUAUACUCUACACGUUGCCAGCGUGUCGGUAGAAAUGCGACAAAGUCUGCCGACAUAACUGGGCCUGUUCGAUUUCUGCCGACGAUCCGUUGACAACCAGAAUGCCAAAUCUAACUUUACGCGCGCCAAUGGCAGAACCUGAGAAUGCGGGCUCGUUGGAGUGGACGCGUCCCGAUCAAGUGAUGCAACUGCAUCGUAUGAAAAUGAAGAAACGGGCGCUCCAAGCGCGUAUAAACAAAACGACCAUUAACGCCGGCGACCAACAAAGGGCGAAUCUAGAUGCGCUUGACUCCGGCGACAAUGCGCAGCGUAUGUCUUAUUGCCAGAAGCGUAAGAACCCUUUUGUGAUCAGCGAAACGUACAAGAAGCAAAAGGACGUGACGUCGGGAUUAGAAAUCAGCAACGACAACACGCUGUUCGAACUAUUGAACCUCGACGUCCAGCGGGAGCAGCCAGCGGCAGAUCUGUCCUUAAAUAAUUCCCUGACUUUUGCUAACGUUCUUGCCAAAUUAGAAUCGACUAAUCAGACUCCGGACGUAAACGUUCCAAAGGGCGCAAGGCACAUUCCUAUAGACUGGACAUUGAAAACUAAAAUGAGGUUUAUGUCUCCGAAACCUUUUCCGUGGAGCAGCAAGUUGAAGACUAGCGAAGAGGCAUCGGGCACCACGGGAUUCGUGAGAUGUUUAAAUAUCGGAGAGGAGGAGACAACUUUGGACACCAGUUUAAACGCAAGGUUUCAUCAGUGUUGCUUGAUCUGGCAACAUCCAUCUUUACCAUGGUUAGAGUUGUUCCCUCGCUCUGCUGGCAAAGUGAGUGCGUCUCUCGCAACUAAUGCGUUGAUAGUGAACAAUCAGAAUAUGAAAGAUGCUUUGUAUCGAGAAUGGUGCGACAGCUUCAGAUCCCUGUUUCAUUUAUUGCGAGUAAGGCAAUGCCCGUAUUUUUAUGUGUGCGCGAACACAUUCACGGUGCUCUUUCGUGCCGCUGGUAUCUGCGGAUUGUCGGAGAUUCAUGCUCUUGUCACGCCCACCACACGUGGAUUUCGCCAGUCGUUGAGGCAAGAAGAGAUAGAAUACUCUAUGCCCUUGAGGAAGGACUCCAAGAGACGAUCUGACGUAACAGAUACCGAUUCUAAAACUCCAGAUGCCGUGUCUAAUACCGUGGAUUGCCAGCAAGAGAGUGACAGUGGCAAAAAAGAAGAAGAAGAGGAUGAUGACGACGAAACCCAGGACGCGUGGCUCGAGAGUCUUGGAGUAGAAAAUUCGGAGAUUAAGAAAAUCAAUCACUCACAGGCGAGGAUGACUUUAGAGAAAGAGAGCGAGGUAGAUAACUUGAGGCAAUCCCUUGUGUUCGUAAGAGGUGUGGAGACGCAGGCGUUGUUCAAUUUCCUGAUCAAUUGCAAAUCAGCUAUCGCGAUGACCGGCGUGCUGGCCGGCGUACCCCCUACGCUUUUGGCUCCGACGGCCUUCCACGGCGCUACGCUAAAACCGCUCAAGGUUCGAGAAAGCGUAGUGCGCGACAGCAACGACAGGUUCUAUUCCCUCGAAUUGAAAGGACCCCUUUUGCCGCACGUGUUGCCUUCUCUCUGUCAUUUGAUGAAGUCCAGCCAAUUGGAGCAAUUUUCGGCGAGCUGCGCGCAAUUGGCCUCAACAACUUCGUUUUCCACGGCGAGGCACGGCCAGUCAAUUGUCACGAGAGAGGAAGAAAACCUCAGUGCCGCGAAAGUGCCGCUUAACGUUUUCGGGCAAGAAAAUUUGAGCGAUUGUGGGUUCAACGAAGAAUUAUUGAGCCACUUUUGCAGCCCCGACCCGGUCAGGAUAGAAGUCUUGGAUAGCCUAAAAUUCGUCAACGGACUAUACACGUGGUCGUGAUCUUUUACGAUCAUAUCAUUUAGAUAUAAAUAUAGCACAAAUUUAAGUACGGAUCUUUGUAAGGAUUAAUUUAGAAGAAAAGCCGCUGACCUUUCUUAUUCCGAGCGGUCAGGGCAAUGUUACUUCGCUGGCGACACGUAACGAAAUAUCACUGUGGUUGUAAAGUAUAGGGAGGCCUUCUAGUGUCAUAUCUAAAAUGUAAUUUAUUUAUUGUAACAACGAGUGUUUAAUAUAACGUAAUUUAUACGCGCAAAUGGCCAUUGUAAAAUUAAUAUUUUUAUUGAUGUGUAAUUUAAUGUGUUGUGUUUGUAAAUUAAAUUACGGGAUUGUAUAACGUAACAUCGUGUGUAUGCGACGAGACAACGAGCAUUAUCGAUAUCAGGUAAAGACGUUUUCAC